GUCCACCUUCUCUAACAGAACCAGGCUGGGUCCCCGGAGUGGCGGUGGCUGCAGCCAAUUGGAGAGCAGACGCGCGGAAAGUUUGCUCAAUGGGUGAUGUCCGAGGGAGGCUGUCACUCAGGCGGCGGCGGCUGAGGCCGAGCUGAGACGUGGCUGUAGAAACGCCGCUGGCUGUUCAGGCCGUGAGUGCGGCAGCUGGGUCCCUUGAGCGUCCUCGUCCUAGUCGGGAACUUAGAACGGCGGGAGAAGUGGGCGCCGGCGGCUGCACCUCCAUGACCGCGCGCUGGGCCGGCCGCUGAUGGAACGCGCCAACCGUCCGGGGCCGCUGGCGCGGGCGCUGCUGUUGCCGCCGCUGCUGCUGCUGCUGGGGCUCGCGGCGCGGACUGUGGCCACUGGGCGCGCCCGCGACCUCCCUGCACGGUCUGCAGAGGCUGCGUUCGGCCUGGGGGCCGCGGCCGCUCCCACUUCGGCCGUGCGAGUGCCGGCAGCUGGGGCUGUGGCUGCGGCCGAGGUGACGGUUGAGGACGCCGAAGUGUUGCCGGUGGCUUCAGGCGAGCAGGAGCCGCGGGACCCGGAACCCGACAAAGAGGCCGAGCUACGGCCGCGUGGAAGAUCAUUAGUGAUUAUCAGCACUUUAGAUGGGCGAAUUGCUGCCUUGGAUCCUGAAAAUCAUGGUAAAAAGCAGUGGGAUUUGGACGUGGGAUCUGGUUCCUUGGUUUCAUCCAGCCUUAGCAAACCAGAGGUAUUUGGGAAUAAGAUGAUAAUUCCGUCCCUGGAUGGAGACCUCUUCCAGUGGGACCGAGACCGUGAGAGCAUGGAAACAGUUCCGUUUACAGUUGAAUCACUUCUUGAAUCUUCUUAUAAAUUUGGAGAUGAUGUUGUUUUGGUUGGAGGAAAGUCUCUCACUACAUAUGGACUCAGUGUAUAUAGUGGAAAGGUGAGGUACAUCUGUUCAGCUUUGGGUUGUCGCCAAUGGGAUAAUGAUGAAAUGGAACAAGAAGAUAUCCUGCUUCUGCAACGUACCCAGAAAACUGUUAGAGCUGUCGGACCUCGCAGUGGCAAUGAGAAGUGGAAUUUCAGUGUUGGCCACUUUGAACUUCGGUAUAUUCCAGACAUGGAAACUAGAGCUGGAUUUAUUGAAAGCACCUUAAAACCGAGUGGGAACAAAGAAGAUUCUAAAAUUAUUUCAGAUGUGGAAGAACAGGAAGCUGCCAUGAUGGACACAGUGAUAAAAGUCUCAGUUGCUGAUUGGAAGGUUAUGGCCUUUAGUAAGAAGGGAGGAAAUCUGGAAUGGGAAUAUCAGUUUUGUACUCCCAUUGCAUCUGCCUGGUUGGUUAAGGAUGGCAGAGUCUUUCCCAUCAGUCUUUUUGAUGAUACAAGUUAUUCAUCUAAUAAUGAAGUUUUAGAAGAUGAAGAAGACAUUGUAGAAGCUGCCCGAGGAGCCACAGAAAACAGUGUUUACUUGGGAAUGUACAGAGGCCAGCUGUAUCUGCAGUCAUCAGUCAGAAUUUCAGAAAAGUUUCCUACAAAUCCCAAGGCUUUGGAAUCUGUUAAUAAAGAAAAUUCAAUUAUUCCUUUGCCAACAAUCAAAUGGAAACCUUUAAUUCAUUCUCCUUCCAGAACUCCUGUCUUGGUAGGGUCUGAUGAAUUUGACAAAUGUCUUAGUAAUGAUAAGUUUUCUCAUGAAGAGUACAGUAAUGGCGCACUUUCAAUCUUACAGUAUCCAUAUGAUAAUGGUUAUUAUCUACCAUACUACCAGAGGGAAAGGAGCAAACGGAGCAUACGGAACACACAGAUCACAGUCAGAUUUCUCAACAACCCAAAUUACAACAAGAAUACCCGCAAAAAAGAUCCUGUUCUCCUCUUACACUGGUGGAAAGAAAUAGUUGGAACUAUUCUGUUUUGUAUCAUAACAACAACCUUUAUUGUGCGCAGACUUUUCCAUCCACAUACUCACAGACAAAGAAAGGAAUCUGAAACUCAGUGUCAAACUGAAAAUAAAUAUGAUUCUGUAAGUGGAGAAGCGAAUGACAGUAGCUGGAAUGACAUAAAAAAUUCUGGAUAUAUAUCACGAUAUCUAACAGAUUUUGAACCUAUUCAGUGCAUGGGUCGUGGUGGGUUUGGAGUUGUCUUUGAAGCUAGAAACAAAGUAGAUGACUGCAAUUAUGCCAUCAAGAGAAUCCAUCUCCCCAACAGGGAAUCGGCUCGGGAAAAGGUAAUGCGAGAAGUUAAAGCCUUAGCUAAGCUUGAACACCCAGGAAUUGUUAGAUACUUCAAUGCUUGGUUGGAAGCACCACCAGAGAAGUGGCAAGAAAAAAUGGAUGAAAUCUGGCUGAAAGAUGAAAGCACAGACUGGCCACUCAGCUCUCCGAGUCCAAUAGAUGCACCAUCAGUUAAAAUACGCAGAAUGGAUCCUUUCUCUACAAAGGAACAUAUUGAAAUCAUAGCUCCUUCACCACAAAGAAGCAGAUCUUUUUCAGUAGGGAUUUCCUGUGGCCAGACAAGUUCAUCUGAGAGUCAGUUUUCUCCACUGGAAUUUUCAGGAACGGACCAUGGAGACAUCAGUGUGUCAGUGGAUGCAGUGGAUAACCUCCAGGACAGUUGCCUCACGUGCUAUGAUGUGAGAGAUGGCACUGUGGAUGGCAAUGAGGAGGCGCGCUCCUUUGAACUUUGUCCUUCUGAAGCUUCUCCUUAUGUAAGAUCAAGGGAGAGAACCUCCUCUUCUAUAGUAUUUGAAGAUUCAGGCUGUGAUAACGCGUCCAGUAAAGAAGAGCUCAAAACCAACCAAUUGUACAUAGGCAACUAUUAUGCUAAUAAACUAACUGCUACCAAGCAUUCCAGUAGCAAAUCUUCUUCAGAACCUACUUUAUCUAUUUCUCUUCCAAGACCAACCACUUUAAGUCUAGAUCUCACUAAAAACACUGCGGAAAAACUCCAGCCCAGUUCACCAAAGGUGUAUCUUUACAUUCAAAUGCAGCUGUGCAGAAAAGAAAACCUCAAAGACUGGAUGAACAGUAGAUGCACCAUAGAGGAGAGAGAGAGGAGCGCGUGUCUGCACAUCUUCCUGCAGAUCGUGGAGGCAGUAGAAUUUCUGCACAGUAAAGGGCUCAUGCACAGAGACCUCAAGCCUUCCAACAUAUUCUUUACAAUGGAUGAUGUGGUCAAGGUUGGAGACUUUGGAUUAGUAACUGCAAUGGACCAGGAUGAAGAAGAGCAAACGGUUCUGACUCCAAUGCCAGCAUAUGCCAGACACACAGGACAAGUGGGCACCAAACUGUAUAUGAGCCCAGAACAGAUUCAUGGAAACAACUACUCUCAUAAAGUGGACAUCUUUUCUUUAGGCCUCAUUCUGUUUGAAUUGUUGUACCCCUUCAGUACUCAGAUGGAAAGAGUAAGGAUCUUAACCGAUGUAAGAAACCUCAGCUUUCCACCACUUUUUAUUCAGAAAUAUCCUCGUGAGUAUGCGAUGGUUCAAGACAUGCUCUCUCCAUCCCCCAUGGAACGGCCUGAAGCUAUAAACAUCAUUGAAAAUGCUAUAUUUGAGGACUUGGAGUUUCCAGGAAAAGCAGUGCUCAGACAGAGGUCUCGCUCCAUGAGUUCAUCAGGAACAAAACAUUCAAGACAGUCCAGCAACUCCCAUAUCCCUUUGCCAAGCAAUUAGCCUUAAGCCGUGCCCACCCCCUAACAGGGGACACAGAAUAGCCCACGUCCUAGGAAUGUGACUUUCCAAAAUUGUGAACUUGAGAAUUUUGUUCUUUGUUCAAUUUUAUUUUGGACUAUUUUGUCUAAGUCAAAUCUAAACUGGAUUUUUUUGGCGGGGUGGGGACUGAAUUUGAGCCAACUCUUGAUUUUUGCUGUACACGAGGAGAGAACUAUCACUAAGUCGUGUGUGGUCCUUUUCCUUCAUUGGUCUCUUGAAACUGGCUGGCCACACUCUAUAGUCUUCACCUUUGGCCUAGGGAGGCGGAAGCAAUCCCUAAAAUAUAUAGAGAAUGACAGUGGAAAUAUUUUUAUAGUACAGAAUAAUGAAAGCCCCUGCAUAUGGUAACUAUAUUAUUCUAGAAAUAUGCUUUCUAGAGAUACAGUGGUGGUUUUGAAACUGAUUUCCAAAAAAGCUGACUCCAUUUUUGUCCCUGGUGGGUAAAUUAGGAAUCUGCACUAUUUUGGAGUACAAAUAGCACAGAUUGUAUAAUAGUUUACGUCUAUAGCUAGUUUUAUAGUGCCAUUUGUAGCAUUAAAUAGCUUUAUUCCUUAGAUGGUUCUAGGGAGCGUUUAAGAACUUUUUGUACUUUACCUCUAAAAAAGGGAAAAUGAAGCUUUUUAUUUAAAUUGGUCAAAAGUUCUGGUUUGGGAUGAAAAAAAAAAAGCCGUAGUAAGAAACAAAUCGCAUACUACAACUAACUUCUUUAAUUAUGGACUUUUAAACCUAAUAAGAUCUUAAAUGUCUUAUAUGUAAUCCUGUAGGUUGGUAUUUCCCCAAACUGAUUAUAGAUAACAGAUUAAUCAUCUAACUUACUAACAUGUUAUUAUUUUUCACUGUAAAUAUGUUUAUUUUUUAUUUAUAAAAAUUCUGAACUCAAUCCAUUUGGGUUGGUGGUAUACAGAACACACUUAAGUGUGUUAACUAUUGUGACUUCUUUCAAGUCUAAAUGAUUUAAUAAAACUUUUAUUAAUUAUU